UCGACCCGAAUCCCAAAAUUCUCGAGUCCUCUCAAAACUUCCGUUGUUCUAAUUUCGAAUUUUCUCUGUGAAACGUUUUUUCCAAGUCUAUUGCGCCAAUUGAUUCAUAUCACACCAUAUUCAAACCCUCGAAUUUCAUGUCAUUUUGCAUAUUUGUUACGUGAAGCUCCGCGUGAAAAACUGAAGAGGAAGAGCUUCGGCCUGCAAAUUAAGCUCCGAAUAUAUGUUCACCGGAUCAUGUUGUAAUUGGGGCUAUUGUUUUUGCGGGAGUAUUGUUCGAGUAUGCCGAUCGGAUUCGUUAGAAGGGUCUCGUGGAUCUCGUGGGAAGAUAUACGUAUGGCGAAAAAUCUUAUAGAACGAUGUCUUCAGCUAUACAUGAACAAGAAGGAAGUUGUGAAAACGCUGUUGGAUCAAGCCAAAAUAGCGCCUGCUAUUACAGAACGUGUUUGGCAGAGCCUUGAAAAAGAUAACCCAGAAUUCUUCGAGGCUUAUUAUCUUCGUUUGAUGGUGAUUCACCAAAUAAAUGAAUUCAACAGGUUGCUUCAGGUGCAGUUAAUGUAUCGGAUAAUUCAGAUAGAUCAAACUCGGAUAAUUUUUGGUAGGUUUCGAGGAACCUAGACUCUUUUAAGGGAAUCUAAAUCUUUUUCAAACACAAGGGGGAAAAGGUUUGGACUCUUCUCUGAUGGGAGGGAGGGGGGCGUGGGUUGGGCCUCUCAGUGAAUUACUUGGUUUGGUUGUGUGGAACUGGUUGAUGCUUGUGAAGGCCAGAAGUGAGAUUUGAGGGCAUAUGAUUGAGUUGGAAUGAAAACAUUGGUACUUGAGGUGAUAGUUUGAAGUAAUAAAAUUUAGUUAUCCUUCCA